UUAUAAAACAAAACAACUUUCACUUAACUGAGGAAUUGAGUUAGUAUACUUGGUGCACUUGCCGACAUAUGUUUCGUGCACGGAUGCGUAUGGAAACUCAAGCGAUGUAAGUGCCACUGGUUUAUAGGUCCCUUGGUUUUCCUGUACGAUUUUCACCGGCAGCGUCACAAAUUUCCCAGAGUUCGUAGAAGUAACUUGUAUUGUCAUUGUAUCGUUUAUUUCGUCAAGUGAAGUGUUAAUAAUAAUGAGUGCUGUAGAUCAAAUUUUAAAUUACCAGCGCAGUGAGGAUGAGGAUUUUUACGCAAUUUUAGGAUGUGACGAGAAUUCUACGGUAGAUCAAAUUACGGCCGAAUAUAAAGUUCGUGCGCUACAAUAUCAUCCCGACAAAAAUGAAGGGAACAAGGAAGCCGAGGAAAAAUUUCAAAAAUUGCAAGAAGCUAAAGACACUCUCUGUGAUCCUUCGAAGAAGCUGAAUUACGACAAAUGGAGGAACAGCGGAAUUUCUAUCAGCUAUAAACAAUGGUUAGGAAUGAAAGAGCACGUUCAUCAGUCUAUGCAUUGGAGCACGCCAAAGACCAAGGAUCGUAUGUUACCAGAUUCAGGUGGAUCUUCUGGCCCAUCCAGUUUGGGAACCGGCAUAAGUCCCGCGCAUCGUCGAGCUUCUGAAGGGGGUGCUAAUUUACAUUACGGCGGCCGAACCUCCGCAUGGGGUAAUGAAGCGCCAAGUGAGAUCGUUAACAAGUUCAGAAAUUACGAAAUUUAAUUCACCUCCUUUAGUCAAUUAUACUAUAACUACACGUCCAUUUUGUCUAAAUGUGUGUACCCGUAUUUAUAUUAAGUGGUCUUAUACUACCUAAUUCUUGUUUAUAUAAAUUCAUUUAUUGUAUUUUUCUAAAGAAAAAUACCGUUAAACAAUGCAGGGUCGAAGUGGACCACAUAUAUGAAUAGAUGAUACAAAUGGUAAUUAUGCCUACUUAUAAGAAAUUAACAAAAUUGAAAUUUAUCAUAUUAUUAUUAUAUGAAUAUUACAAGAAUUGGAAAGAUAAUAUACUUUUAUAUUGUUCUGUUUUGUAGUACCUAUCUACAACUAUAUUUAUUGCGUUGGAUAAUGUUUAAGUAGUUUCUAGUUGUUCCCCCCUCUGAUAAAUGUUAAUUUGUUAGCUUAAAUGGUAUUGGUCUUCUGUGUUAAAAUAAUAUACUUAGGGUACCUAAUCACUAAUUUUAAGAAAAAUGAUUACUACUAUAAAUGUGAUAUUAGUUUUCAUACCUAACAAGUAUUUGGAAGAUAUAGGUUAGUCAGAAUAGAGGAUUUAGGUAGGUCUACCUAGAAUGGGAAGAACACAGGUUACGCAUUUUUAUCGCACUAGCUUUUACCAAAACGUAUUAAUUUCAUUUCUUUAUUACAAUAGCGUUAAAAAGAUUUUGUUUAAUUGUUGUGAGUACCUAUUCAGUGUUACUGUUGUGUUUAUUGUCUUUGUCCUAGCCACUAAGGUAUAGCGAUUGUAAUAUGUUAUAUGAUUAUUGUGUAUUAACGUAUAAGUGCUAGAGAAAUUUAUAAUUUAUGUUAAAAAGAGUAGCAAUCGUAAUAGAUCGAGUUUUAAUCAAUUAAUGUUAUAUAAAUGUAGCGUUCUAAUAUUGUGGCCGUGAACACAUCAUAUCUGUAACGUGAAGAAAUAAAUUAUAUCUUCCUUAAUCAGA